GCGGAAGUUAACGCAGACGACGACGCAAGGUAGAUGACGAAGGCGUCAAAAUGUAAUGGAUUCAAACCAUCGAAAGAGUUGAUAAAGGAGAGACACAUUACGACUACUGACGACUUUUCUGAGGUGUUGGAACGAACGAUGGCGUCGGGCGAGGAAAAGCUUUCUAGAACAAGGGAGGACAACGAGCGGCAACGACUGGAGGUUUGCACGACCGACAUUGUGCCACACAUUCAAGAUGUCCGGCAGCUGUUUGUUCUUCAAGAAGAACUUCCCCCUCGGCCGCAGGGGGGGCGCUCCACUUUGAAGCAGGAGGAUCCACAGCCCCCCAGCGUUAAAGAGGAAGACAAGGAACGCUGGUUUGUUCAGGAGGGAGAGCGCCUUCUGGGGCAGGAGGAUGAUUGCCACGGACUGUUGCAACAGACCAUUGUCUCUGUGAAGACUGAAGACCAUGAAGACAAACCACCUGAGACCUCACAGCUUCAUCACAGUCCAAGCGUCCAACAGCUGAUUGGUUGUCAAGAAGAACAUCCUCCUCAGCCGCAUGGAGGGAGCUUCAUUUUGAAGCGGCCCCCGCAUGUUAAAGAGGAGAAGGAGGAGCCAGAGGACCCCCACUUUGAAUUGGAGGAGCCAGAGGCGCUCCGCGUUAAAGAAGAAGAAGAAGAACUCUGGAUCACUCAGGAGGAAGAGCAUCUUCUUGGGCAAGAGGAGGCUGAUCUCACCAAGUUGCAACUAACUGGUAUCUUUGUGAAAACUGAAGAUCAUGAAGCCAAACCACUUGAAUCCUCACAGCUUCACCACAGUCCAAGUGAGGAGAAGAGAGAGGCGGAGCCUCCGAGCAGCAGCUCAACUCAACACAUGACAACAGAAGCUGAUGGAGACCACUGUGGAGGAUCACAAGCAGACAACCUCUUAGCUCCACUAUCAGAUAGUGACGACACAACGUCACACUCUCCUGACACUGAUGAUGAAGACUCUAAAGCUGAUAUGACAUGUCACACUGACAACACACGCUUUAAAUGUUCUCACUGUGGCAAAACAUUUAAUUGCCGUAGUCAUCUGAAAAGACACGUGAGGGUCCACACAGGAGAAAAACCAUUCAUGUGCUCAGUUUGUGGGCACACGUUCUCUCGAAAGGCAAAUUUGAAAAUACACACAAGAAUACACACUGGAGAGAAACCCUUUUCCUGUUCAGUGUGUGGUAGAAGUUUUGUACAAAUUCAGUGUUUGAAAAUGCACAUGACAGUACACACUGGAGAAAAAACAUAUUCCUGUUCAAUCUGCGACAAAAGCUUUUGUGACCGAACAAACCUUUUAAAACACAUGAGACGGCACACAGGAGAGAAACCAUACUCCUGUUCAAUCUGUGGUAAAACAUUCUCUGUUAAGGCGAAUUUGCAAGCACAUACAAGAACGCACACCGGAGAGAAACCAUAUUCCUGUUCAGUCUGCAGCAAAAGCUUUUGUCAACGAUCGACAUUUGUAAGACACAUGAGAAUACACACUGGUGAGAAAGUGUUGAGUUGCAGUGUGUGUGGUGAAAGAUUCUCUUAUAAGUACCAGCUUAACAAUCACAAGUGUGCUGCUGACAACAGCAGCAGUAAAUGAAGCUGUACGAUUUGAAAUAAACUGUUAAGAAUUUGUUGAUGCACGAUCGCUUGAGUGGCAGUUGGUCGUAUCAGCACUGUGUUCUUUACAGUCCUUUUUUGUGUUUUUUUAAUGUUUCCCUCUUUUUGUGUGUUUUUACUUUUUGGUAUCAACCCCUACGGAACUGUGCGGCCAGGGUGUCAUGGCAAUUGUAUAUUUUACCUGUAGGUCAUUUGAUUUUAGUACUAGUCAUAGUUUAUGCUCUAACAUACACAUAUAUGUACGUCUGCUAGUUUAGUAGGAGGCCUCAGGGAAGACCCAGGACACGUUGGAGAGACUACUGUCUCUCAACUGGCUUGGGAAUGCCUCCGGAUCCGCUGCGA